ACUCCGGACCGAUUGGACGCGUUUGAGCGCUUGGGCAGCAAAAUCGCCACUACUUUCCACUCGGGGCUACGCGUGCGCGUCUCUGCAAAGUAAAAUUCAAAGACAAGCGAAAAGCCAAAAGCAAGAGGUAAACGCAAACACAAAGUAACAACUUCGAGGUUCGAAAUUACCGGUUUUUCGCCAACAGUCCCCGCUCUCUGUGAAUUUUUGCGCGCGGUCUUUUCCUCGCCUGCUCUUUUCCGAAAAGUGCGUUGGCUUUUCCCAGCAACCACCCCCUUUUGCCGCCCCUCCCGCCGUGAAAAUACCUAGCUUACCGGUUGGGGUUAUAGUUAUAGCCUGCUACUAUAUCACACACGGAAUUCCCCGGAAUCAAAAUAGUUAAAUCAGUUUAAACAGUGCUAAAGUGAGGCCAGCCACACUGGCGAGUGCUAAUUAUAAUAUAUUGUGUUAAUAGUACAAACACAAGGUGCGCGAAUUUAAAUGCCAUAUUCCAUAUUAUAAAUAUUUAACAAUGCAGCCGUGCAGCUAAAGCGGAUUAUUGGCCACCGACGCGUGGAAAUCCAGAGGCAGCGCAAACAAAGGCCUGCCUGGGCAUCGCAUCAACUUGAGGAAAUACAGAUGGCCACGCCCGCAGCACCGCCCACCGAUGAUAAUUGAAUAGGAGCAUUAAUUGCACUGUGGUUUGUUGGUUCUCGCACCACACCCACACACACGCUGGGCACACAUACAACCGUAAUACACACACACCCAUCGACCGUAAUCGAGUCAUGCAGACGGGGGAGUCCCCUCGAAGGCCCCUGGGCCUGCUCCUUGUGCUCCUCGUCGUCCUGCUGCAAUCAUGGCUCGCCGAGAGCUACCUGAUUAUCGUGCACGAGGACACGCCCCCCGGCACCGUAAUCUUCAACGCCUCCGUCUAUAAACUCGGCUCCGAGCGGCACUACAAGAUCAAUGCCCACAAGUCGGCCAACUUUGUGCACCACCUGGUCUCGGUGAGCCACAAGGACGGGCAGAUCCAGCUGCGGAAGGCCCUCAAGUGCGACGGCAUCUACUACCCGAAUCUGUUCACCUUCUAUGUGGACUCCACCUCGAACCGGCUGCGCAGCAUCGACUACUACAGUCUGCCGGUGCGGAUCUUCGUCUCGGGUCACAGUUGCAACGAGGACAGGCGGAUAGAGCAGGAGCUGCACCACCACCACUACGAGGAGGAGGACAACACGGGCUACUCCAAGCGGCGGAGGAGGAGGCGGUCCACCCAGGAGAUGGUCCAGCUGGAUGGCAACCAGCUUGAGGAGGUCUUCCGCCUGAACAGCACGGAGUUCCGUGCCGGAGAUCUGAUCUUCGGCGACAGCUUCGACAACGAGAUGAGGCACAGGAUCCUGAGUCGAAAGCGGAGAGCUGUGGGUUCGCCGGAUCCGCUGCACCUGCAGCCCGCCCUGCACCGCCGGAUCUCGGAUGCCAAGCAGUGGAUCUCGGAGACGUAUGCCUCGUAUGCGAUCCACACCACGGACAAGUGGAACCAGAUCUGCCUGCGACGCUCGCAGUUCAUCAACAGCCUGAAUGCCUUCCUGCCGCGAUCGGUUUGCCAGCACUGCAAGGUCAGUUUCCUGGACGUGAACGACGAGCGAUUCGCCAUCGAGCACCAGAGCCGGGAUCUGGUGGCCAGCCGGGACGUCUGCAUCGCUGAGUCCAUGUGGAAGGUGAGCAUUACGUUCAACAUUCGGUGCGAUCGUCGGGACAUCGUGGACUCGGACCACCGCCUGAAGAUCGUGUACCACCAUCAGGAGUUCAACGACACGGAUAUCGCUCGCAGGGUGCGCAGGGAGUUGCGCAAUCAGUCGCCCUACUUCGAACAGGCCCUCUAUGUGGCUUCUGUCCUGGAGGAGCAGCCUGCGGGAUCUGCGGUGACCACCGUGCGUGCCCGCGAUCCCGAAGAUUCGCCAGUGGUCUACUCCAUGGUCUCUCUGCUGGACUCUCGCUCUCAGUCCCUAUUCAAGGUUGACUCUCGCACUGGCGUGGUCACCACCUCGGCUAGUUUGGACCGGGAGCUCAUGGAUGUGCACUACUUUCGCGUGGUCGCUACCGACGACAGCUUUCCACCGCGUUCCGGUACGACGACGUUGCAGGUGAACGUCCUGGACUGCAACGACCACAGUCCCACCUUCGAGGCGGAACAGUUCGAGGCGAGUAUCCGGGAAGGAGCCACCGUGGGAUCCACGGUCAUCACGCUGCGGGCCACCGACCAGGACAUUGGCAAGAAUGCGGAGAUCGAGUACGGAAUCGAGGCAGUGACGGAUGGCGCCGGAUUAACGCAGGACCAGGAAAUGCCCAUCUUCCGGAUAGACUCCCGUUCAGGUGUGAUCUCGACGAGGAGCAGCCUGGACCGCGAGACUUCGGACAGCUACCACCUGUUGGUGACCGCUGCGGAUAUGGCAUCGGCACAAAGCGAACGGCGGACGGCCACGGCCAGCGUCCAGGUGAAGGUCCUCGAUGACAACGACAACUACCCGCAGUUCAGUGAGCGCACCUAUACGGUCCAAGUGCCCGAGGACCAAUGGGGUGGCUCUGAGGACAACACUGUGGCCCACAUCCGGGCCACGGAUGCCGAUCAGGGCAACAAUGCGGCCAUCCGAUAUGCCAUAAUCGGCGGGAAUACCCAGUCCCAGUUCUCCAUCGACUCGAUGUCGGGUGAUGUUAGUCUUGUGAAGCCGCUGGACUACGAGAGUGUGCGCAGUUACCGGCUGGUGAUCCGCGCCCAAGACGGAGGCAGUCCCUCCAGAAGCAACACCACCCAGCUCCUGGUGAACGUCAUCGAUGCGAACGACAAUGCGCCGAGGUUCUACACCUCCCAGUUCCAGGAGAGCGUGCUCGAGAAUGUCCCCGUGGGCUACAACAUCAUUCGGGUGCAGGCCUACGAUUCGGAUGAAGGAGCCAAUGCAGAGAUCACAUAUAGUAUUUCGGAAAGGGACGACAACUUCCCGCUGGCCGUGGAUCCCCGAACCGGCUGGGUGCAGACCAUCAAGCCACUGGACCGCGAGGAGCAGGGUCGCUUUGCCUUCCAGGUGGUGGCGAAAGACGGCGGUGUGCCCCCCAAGUCGGCCAGCUCCUCGGUGGUGAUCACGGUGCAGGAUGUGAACGACAACGAUCCGGCCUUCAACCCAAAGUACUACGAGGCGAACGUGGGAGAGGAUCAGCCGCCAGGGACGCCGGUUACCACAGUCACGGCCACGGAUCCCGACGAGGACUCCCGCCUGCACUACGAGAUCACCACGGGCAACACGAGGGGACGCUUUGCGAUCACUUCCCAGAAUGGCCGUGGACUCAUCACCAUCGCCCAGUCGCUGGACUACAAGCAGGAGAAGCGCUUCCUGCUCACGGUGGCGGCCACCGACUCCGGAGGACGUUCCGACACGGCCACCGUGCACAUAAACAUCACGGAUGCCAAUAACUUUGCUCCCAUCUUCGAGAAUGCGCCCUACAGCGCUUCGGUGUUUGAAGAUGCUCCUGUGGGCACCACUGUCCUCGUGGUAUCCGCCACCGAUAGCGAUGUGGGGGUGAAUGCCCAGAUCACCUACUCCCUGAACGAGGAGAGCAUCAACGGGUUGGGAGCUCAGGAUCCCUUCUCGAUCAACGCGCAAACGGGUGCCAUUGUGACGAAUGCCCCGCUGGAUCGGGAGACCACCAGCGGCUACCUACUCACAGUGACUGCCAAGGACGGAGGUAAUCCGUCGUUGAGUGACACUACCGAUGUGGAGAUCGGAGUGACCGAUGUCAAUGACAAUGCACCGGCCUUCAAGAGCCCACUGUACCAGGCUUCCAUUCUGGAAGAUGCCCUCGUGGGAACUUCGGUGAUCCAGGUGGCAGCCAGUGAUCCCGACGUGGGGCUGAAUGGACGCAUAAAGUACCUGCUGAGCGAUCGCGACAUCGAGGACGGUUCCUUUGUAAUCGAUCCCACAUCGGGUACUAUUCGCACCAACAAGGGAUUGGAUAGGGAAAGUGUGGCUGUCUUUCACCUGACCGCCAUUGCCGUGGACAAGGGAUCACCGCCGCUAUCGAGCACCGUUGAGGUGCAAAUCCGUUUAGAGGACGUUAAUGACUCACCACCGACCUUUGCAUCCGACAAGAUCACACUCUAUGUGCCGGAGAAUUCUCCUGUAGGCUCAGUGGUGGGCGAGAUUCACGCCCACGAUCCCGACGAAGGCGUCAACGCAGUGGUGCACUAUUCGAUUAUCGGAGGCGAUGACUCCAACGCGUUUUCCUUGGUGACUAGACCUGGUUCGGAGCGAGCCCAACUGCUGACCAUGACGGAACUGGACUACGAGUCCACUCGAAAGCGAUUCGAGUUGGUGGUCCGGGCAGCGAGUCCUCCAUUGCGCAACGAUGCCCACAUCGAGAUCCUGGUCACUGAUGUGAAUGACAAUGCCCCAGUGCUGCGGGACUUCCAGGUGAUAUUCAACAACUUCCGCGAUCACUUCCCCAGCGGCGAGAUCGGAAGAAUCCCAGCCUUCGAUGCGGAUGUGAGCGAUAAGCUUCACUACAGGAUACUUUCCGGAAACAAUGCCAACCUGCUGCGUUUGAACAGUAGCUCGGGAGGAUUAGUGCUGAGUCCCCAGCUGAACACCAAUGUGCCCAAGUUCGCCACCAUGGAGGUAUCCGUAUCCGAUGGCAUCAACGAGGCCAAGGCCAUAAUGCAGCUCUCGGUUCGCCUGAUCACCGAGGACAUGCUCUUCAACUCGGUGACAGUGCGACUGAAUGAGAUGACGGAGGAGGCUUUCCUGUCGCCCCUGCUGAACUUUUUCCUGGAUGGCCUGGCUGCUAUCAUCCCAUGCCCCAAGGAGCACAUAUUCGUGUUCAGCAUCCAGGACGACACGGAUGUCAGUUCGCGCAUUCUUAACGUCAGCUUCUCGGCUCGCCGACCGGAUGUCUCCCACGAGGAGUUCUACACACCGCAGUAUCUUCAGGAGCGGGUCUACUUAAAUAGAGCUAUUUUGGCCCGCCUGGCCACCGUGGAGGUCCUGCCCUUCGACGACAACCUCUGCGUGCGGGAGCCGUGCCUGAAUUUCGAGGAGUGCCUGACUGUUCUGAAGUUUGGCAACGCCUCCGAGUUCAUCCACAGCGACACGGUGCUCUUCCGGCCCAUCUAUCCGGUCAACACGUUCGCCUGCUCCUGUCCGGAGGGCUUUACGGGCAGCAGGGAGCACUACUUGUGCGACACGGAGGUGGAUCUCUGCUACUCGGAUCCCUGCCAGAAUGGAGGAACCUGCGUGAGACGCGAGGGUGGCUACACAUGCGUCUGCCCGUCCACGCACACGGGCUUGAAUUGUGAGACUGGAGUGGGUCAGCUGCGUCCGUGUCCUUCGGAGACGUGCGAGGGUGGCCUGUCCUGCCUGAGCAAUUACCCAAGCUCCCAACCGCCGGCUUACACGGCCACCUGUGAGCUGCGGGCCCGUGCCUUCGGGCGCAACUCCUUCCUGACCUUCGAGAGCCUGAAGCAAAGACAUCGCUUCAAUCUAAAGCUCCGCUUUGCCACCGUCCAGGAGAACGGCUUGCUGCUCUACAACGGAAGGUACAACGAGCUGCACGACUUCAUUGCCCUGGAGAUCCACGAGGGCCAUGUGAGCUUCUCCUUCUCAUUGGGCGACCACAGCGAAAGGGUGUCGGUGAUGCAGGAGGCCAAGGUCUCGGAUGGCAAGUGGCACCAGGUGGAGGUGCUCUAUCUGAACCGCAGUGUCACCCUGGUACUGGAUAAUUGCGACACCGCCAUCGCUCUCUCGGGACAACUGGGUGACAGGUGGAGCUGCGCUAAUCGCACCACCUUGAAGCUGGACAAGCGCUGCUCGCUGCUCACGGAGACCUGUCAUCGCUUCCUGGAUCUCACGGGACCCUUGCAGGUGGGCGGACUUCCCCGCAUUCCGGCCCACUUUCCGGUGGCCAACCGUGACUUCGUGGGCUGCAUCUCGGACCUCCGUAUCGACGAUCGAUUCGUUGACCUCAACUCGUAUGUGGCGGAUAACGGAACUCUGGCCGGAUGUCCGCAAAAGGCUCCACUGUGUCAAUCGGAGCCCUGUUUCAAUGGCGGCACAUGUCACGAGGGCUGGGGCACCUACUCCUGCGAGUGUCCCGAGGGAUAUGCGGGCAACAGCUGCCAGGACAACAUACCUGCUCCCUGGCGCUUCUCCGGCGACGGUAGUCUCAGCUUCAAUCCCCUUCUGCGACCCAUCCAGCUGCCCUGGACCACCUCCUUCUCCCUGCGAACACGUCAGAAGGAGGCUUUUCUCCUCCAAAUUCAAAUCGGACAGAACAGUUCGGCGGCGGUCUGUCUGAGGCAAGGAGUCCUCUACUACAUCUUCGACGGAGAACCCAUGUUCCUGGCAGGUGCUUUCCUCUCCGACGGGGAGUGGCACAGAGUGGAGAUUCGCUGGCAGCAGGGCUCUGAAAUCCACUUCUCCGUGGACUACGGACAGCGUUCGGGGUCAGUGCCCAUGUCGCAAAAGGUUCAAGGCCUCUAUGUGGGCAAGAUAGUGAUGGGCAGUCCGGAUGGCAGCAUUGGAUCGGUUCCCGAGGCCUCGCCCUUCGAGGGCUGCAUUCAGGACGUGCGCAUUGGAGCGGGUCAAUCGGUUCUUUCGCGACCAACUAUUCGUGAGAAUGUGGAAGACGGCUGCGAGUCGCGGGCACAGUGUCCGGAUCACUGUCCCAACCACUCCUCCUGCCAGAGCACCUGGGACCUGUCCACGUGUGAGUGUGAUCCGGGCUUUGUGGGUGCCGACUGUGCUCCCAUCUGCACGGUCAGACCCUGUGCCUCUGGAGUGUGCAGGGCCAACUCCAGUUUGUCCCGCGGCUACGGAUGCGAAUGCAACAGCAGCUCCCGGCACGGCGACUAUUGUGAGCGGGAACUGCAGCAGCCGUGUCCCGGAGGCUGGUGGGGCGAGAGGGUGUGUGGUCCGUGUAGGUGCGAUCUGGCCCAGGGAUACCACCCGGACUGCAACAAGACCACCGGACAGUGCUACUGCAAGACGAACCACUACCAACCGCCCAACGAGACCGCCUGCCUCUCCUGCGACUGCUACUCCAUCGGAAGCUUCAGUGGAGCCUGCAACCCGCUGACGGGACAGUGUGAGUGUCGCGAGGGAGUCAUCGGGCGCAGAUGCGACUCCUGCUCGAAUCCCUAUGCCGAGGUAACCCUCAGUGGCUGCGAGGUGGUCUACGAUGCCUGUCCGCGCUCCUUCGCCGGCGGCGUCUGGUGGCCACGAACUCCUCUCGGCGGAGUGGCCAUCGAGGGAUGUCCGGCGCCUGCUCGUGGAAAGGGUCAACGCACCUGCGAUGCCCAGUCGGGAAGUUGGAACACACCGGACAUGUACAACUGCACCUCGGAGCCUUUCGUGGAGCUGCGUCGUCAGCUGUCCCAGCUGGAGAAACUCGAGCUGGAGCUCAACUCCUUUGUGGCCAUCAAAAUGGCGGAGCAACUGAGGAAGGCCUGCGAGACGGUGGACAGAAGGGGAGCCAGCAAGGAUCCGAAGGCACCUGGAAUCGGACGCCCCAACAGGCGCUACAAAAUGGAGUCCUCCUUCCUGCUCAGCAAUGGCGGAAAUGUCUGGUCGCACGAACUCGAGAUGGACUACCUGUCCGAUGAACUGAAGUUCAGCCAUGACCGCCUGUACGGUGCCGAUCUCCUCGUGACGGAGGGUCUUCUGCAGGAGCUCAUCAACUACGAGCUCAUGCAGAGCGGCCUCAACUUGUCGCACAGUCAGGACAAGUACUUUAUCAAGAAUCUGGUGGAUGCGGCCAGCGUUAUUUUGGACAGGAAGUACGAGGCGGAAUGGCGAAGGGCCACGGAACUGAUUCAGAGGGGACCAGACGACCUGGUCGAUGCGUUCAACAAGUAUCUGGUGGUCCUGGCUCGCUCCCAACACGACACCUACACCAGUCCCUUCGAGAUUGUUCAGCCGAACAUGGCACUCGGCCUGGACAUCGUGACCACAGAGUCGCUUUUCGGCUAUGAGCCGGAGCAGCUGAGUGAGUAUCACCGGAGCAAGUACCUCAAACCGAAUGCCUUUACCACCGAGAGUGUCGUGUUGCCCGAUACCAGUGGCUUCCUGCAGCACUCGGCACGACAGCGACCGGUGAUCAGCUUCCCCAAGUACAACAAUUACAUCUUGGACAGAAGGAAGUUCGAUCAGCACACCAAGGUCCUUGUGCCCCUGGAGAUGCUGGGCAUCACGCCACCGGAGAGCGAUGAGAUCUCGCAGGGCGGACGAAGAGGAGGCAGCCACGACCAUCGGGCCAUUGUGGCGUAUGCGCAAUACAAGGAUGUGGGUCAACUGCUGCCCGAUCUCUACGAUGAGACCAUCACCCGUCGUUGGGGUGUGGAUGUGGAGCUGGCCACUCCCAUUCUCUCCCUGCAGAUUCUGGUGCCUUCCAUGGAAAGGGAACAGGAGACUCAGCGCCUGGAGAUUCCCUCGAGAAAGAUAUCUUCAUCCGUAUCAACGUCUUCUUCGGGCAGCUCAGAGCAACAGUUUGUGGAGGUGUUCGACGUUCCCAAGGCCCCAAGCAGCAGUAGUGAACAGCAGAUCGAGGACAUCCGGAUAACAGCCCAUGAAAUUCCACCACCAGCUUCAUCCGGCGAACAGCAGGAGGCCUCAAGUAGUGAGGAUGGCGAGGAUCGGGACCCACACAUACGCCUGAAUCUCGACGACAUUGAGUUUCAUGGCAAUUCCGGCGAGGAGAUAGUGUCACCAGAUUCCCCCGAGGUGCUCAAUCCAAACUACGAGGGCGUCAGUUCCACGGGAAGCGAUGAGCAACCAAAGGGUGAGAACGAGGCGGUUUACAGGGACCGUCGUUUGGUGAAGAGGCAGAUAGAGAUCACGUACCCCUCGGAGCAAAUGCAGCAGUCGGAACAGGUGGUCUAUCGGUCCCUGGGUUCACCCCAUCUGGCGCAACCCAUAAAGCUGCAGAUGUGGCUGGAUGUGGACUCCGCUCGCUUUGGACCCCGCUCUAACCCCCAGUGCGUCCGCUGGAACUCCUUUACCAAUCAGUGGACCCGAUUGGGCUGCCAGACGGAAAUUCCCGACUUCGAUGGCGACUUCAAUCCGGCGGCACAGCCAGUGAUUCUGGUCAACUGCAGUUGCACCCACAUCUCCAGCUAUGCAGUCAUUGUGGAUGUCAUCGAUCCGGAGGACAUCCCGGAACCCUCGCUCCUGGUGCAAAUCACCUCGUACUCGGCCUUCCUCGUCUCACUUCCUCUGCUGCUGGGAGUGCUCCUGGCCUUGGCCCUUCUGCGGGGUCAGCAAACCAACUCGAACACCAUACACCAGAAUAUUGUGCUCUGCGUCUUCUGCGCGGAGCUCCUCUUCUUCGUGGGAAUGCAGUCGCGCCGGCAGCUCUUGGAGAGCGAGUUCCCCUGCAAGCUGACGGCCAUCUGCCUGCAUUACUUCUGGCUGGCGGCCUUUGCCUGGACAACGGUGGACUGUGUGCAUCUCUACAGGAUGCUCACCGAGAUGCGGGACAUAAAUCACGGGCCCAUGGGCUUCUACUUCGCCAUGGGCUACGGCGCUCCAGCCAUCGUCGUCGGACUUUCUGUUGGCGUUCGGGCUCAUGAGUACGGAAAUAGCUUAUUCUGCUGGCUGUCUGUCUACGAACCUGUGGUGUGGUGGCUAGUGGGUCCCAUUGCUGGCAUGUCUGUGGUCAACCUGCUCAUCCUCUUCGUCUCCGUCAAGGCCGCAUUUACGCUCAAGGAUCACGUGCUCGGAUUUGGCAAUUUGCGAACCCUCCUCUGGCUGUCGGUCGUGUCGCUGCCCCUGAUGGGUGUCAUGUGGGUCCUGGCGGUGCUCGCCGCAUCGGAGCACUCCCAGCUGCUGAGCCUGCUGCUCUCCGGCGUGGUGCUGCUGCACGCCCUCUUCUGCCUCAUUGGCUACUGCAUCAUCAACAAGCGGGUGAGGGAGAACCUGCAGCGCACCUGCCUGCGCUGCAUGGGUCGCAAGGUGCCGCUCCUGGACUCCUCCAUGGUGGUCAGCAACAGCUCCCACAAUGUGAACGGAGCGGCGAGGCCGAGUAACUUCCUGGCCGGAGGCUAUGACACCACUACCCGGCGGAAUAUUGGCAUCAGCGCCAGCAGCACCACCUCGAGGAGCACGGCCAAGACGAGCUCGAGCCCGUAUAGCGAUGGACAGCUGCGACAGACCUCCACAUCCACCUCGAACUACAAUUCGGCCAGCGAUGCUCCCAGCUUCUUGAGGGGAUUCGAGUCCUCCACAACCGGACGGAGUAGGGGUGGUGGUGAGGAGAAGCCUUCGCGACGCCAGAGAAAGGACUCGGACUCCGGUUCCGAGACGGACGGCAGAUCCCUGGAGCUGGCCAGUAGUCACUCCAGCGACGACGACGAGUCCCGCACUGCUCGGUCCUCUGGAACCCAUCGCAGCACGGCCGUUAGUUCGACGCCCGCCUAUCUGCCCAACAUCACGGAGCACGUGCAGGCCACCACUCCGCCGGAACUGAAUGUGGUGCAGAGUCCCCAGCUCUUCCCGAGUGUCAGUAAGCCUGUGUAUGCGCCCCGUUGGUCCAGCCAGCUGCCGGAUGCCUAUCUGCAGUCGCCCCCGAACAUCGGACGAUGGUCGCAGGACACGGGCUCCGACAACGAACACGUUCACGGUCAGGCCAAGAUGACCAUUUCGCCCAAUCCGCUGCCCAAUCCCGAUCUCACGGACACCAGUUACCUGCAGCAGCACCACAACAAGAUCAACAUGCCCCCGUCGAUCCUGGAGAAUAUUCGCGAUGCCCGCGACGGCUACGAGGACAGUCUGUACGGCCGAAGGGGCGAGUAUCCUGCGGACAAGUACGGCUCCUACAAGCCACCCAGCCACUAUGGCAGCGAGAAGGACUAUCCCGGCGGGGGAGGUGGCUCCCAGACCAUCGGGCACAUGAGGAGCUUCCACCCGGAUGCGGCCUACUUGAGUGACAACAUCUACGACAAGCAGCGAACGCUGGGCAGUGGCUACUUGGGCGCCAAGUCGGAGUCGCCCUACCUGUCCAAGGAUCGGAUCACCCCCGAUAUCUAUGGCUCCCGGGAUGGUCACUACAGCCUCAAGAGGCAGCCGGCCUAUGCCACGGAUUCCCUGCACUCGGUGCACUCGCUGCUGAAGAACGAUUACCACCAGCAGCAGCAGCAGCAGCAACAUCAGCCUCACCACUUGCAGGACAGACUGUCCGAGGGCUCGGAUAAGAACGGCUACCACUUCCCCUACACCGCCGAGGAGGACCACCUGCCCGCCAGGAAGCUGAGCCACACCCAGCCGCCUUCUCUGCACGGAUCUCAGCUGAUGCAGCCACCACUGGGACUGGUCAACGAUGUGAACAAUCCGGGACUAAUAGCUCGGCACACCAUGAACGGAGGCUCCCGGCACAGUUCUAGGGCCUCCUCGCCGCCCUCUACGAUGGUGGCUCCCAUGCAGCCGCUGGGGCCACUGACCAGCAUCACGGAUACCGACUGGUCCUGGGAACGUUUGAAGCAAAUCUAAUUUGACUAUCUUUCACUUCUAUUCUCUCCAAUAUCGUGCUUUCUCUCUGUCUCUUUUGCUCUUUGAAACUAAACCUAAAUACACACACACACGCAUACCGCAAAACACACAUACUUAUAACCGAAAACUAAAAAAAACCAACUGCAAAAUGAAAUUCGACGUAAUGCAAAAUACUAUGGCGGCUCGUGUUCCAUCCAUCCAACCCCAAAAACCCAACCAAAUCAAACAACAUCAACAACAACCACACAACUACAACUACUACAACUACA